CACAGUUGGAUUAUGUUAACGCGUUUACGUUGAAAAAAGAACACUCAUCCAACGAACGCGUAAACAAUACGGUUUAAACGGGUGACUUCGCUGCAUUUUAUGCCACAGCUUUCUUUCUGGAAAGGAUAGUUCAUGAUUUCAGACAAGAAGCUGCGCCUAUAAACUCUCGCCUCCAGCUGCUUUUUUUUAUUCAGUGGAGAAAUUCAGAAUUUGAUCGAUCGUUUUUGCUCUCCACACGCAGGAAGUACCAGCCUCUCUCUGCUUAUCGUAUCUGUAUUGUAGAAUCUUUGAUCUUGCAGACUGUCACUUUUAUAAGAAUCUAAUCCGGCGAUCCUGUUUCAGAUAGAAUAGUGUUUCGUUUUUAAUCGUCUUUAAAUCACACCAAACAUCUAGAUUGGCGCCGAUCGCGUUACUUAAUUUCCUAGCAACAAGUGGAGUUUAGCUUGUGGAUUCAAUUUUUAUUCACUUGCUUCGGUUUUCUGCAAAUCUAUCAGGGUUUUCCCUGGGCUUGUAGUGCUUUUGUGGCAUUUAUUUCUUUCCUCAAUCCCCAAAUUAGGCUCAGUUUAUGAUGUUUUAAUGGAUGAUAGUUGAAAUUUAUUCUUCUUCGAUGGCACCACGUUAAUUAUUGACUAUAGUCAAAAUUAGAAAUAUUACUAAAUUUUCUAUUGAACCUCAAAAGGGUGGAAGUAGGAGCUGCCGAAUUACUUAGGAAAGGAGGUUUUAUAACCAUGUUUGAUUAACUUUGCGUGUUCGCAGAAUUUGAACAGAUUCAGUGAUUCACUUAUAUCUGACAUUGUGAUGAAAGUUAUUGAACAUCUGAUAUAAUACUUUCAUUCUUUUUUCAGGCGCUUCUGAAACACUGAGAUAGAGGCUAAGUGGAGUAAUAAAUGGAGAUAAAUAUGAUGGAAAAGGAAGAAAUUCAUUUGAAAGUUGAGAACAAGAUCAGGUCUGAUGAGAAGACAGAAAAGACUGAGGUGGAAAUUGAUGUGAAGAGCAAAUCAGUGGAGAAAGAACAAGAGCUUAAGCACCAGGAUUGUAAGAAAGAAGAAAAGCAUAAGGAUUCCAAGCAGGAAAAGAACACAGAGGCGAGUGGAGAUGAAGAUGAUAAGAAGAAGAUGAAAAAGGAAAAAUCUAAGAAGGAAAAGAGCAAAGAGGAGGGUGAAGAUGAAGAAGAUAAGAAGAAGAUGAAAAAGGACAAAUCUAAGAAGGAAAAGAGCAAAGAGGAGGGUGAAGAUGAAGAAGAUAAGAAGAAGAUGAAAAAGGACAGAUCUAAGAAGAAAGAAAAGAACAAAGAGGAGAGUCAAGAUGAAGAUGAAGGAGAUAAGGAGAAAAAGGAGAAAUGUAAGAAGAAAGAUGGAGAGAAGAAACACAAGAAAGAGAAAGACACAGAAAAGGAAAUAAAACACGAAGAGGAGGAGGGAGAAGAGAAGGGCGAGGACAAGCAUGACAAAGAGGAUAAGAAGGGAAAGGUGAAGAAAGACAAAAAAGAGAAGGGAAAGGAAAAGAAAACUAAGGGCAAAGAGGUAGAAUCCGAGGAAAUAUCAAAUGAAGAAAACGACGAGGAAACAGAAGAUAAAAAAACAAAAAAGGAUAAGAAGAAAGAAAAGAAGGAGAAGGAAACUAGAGUGAAAUGCAAAAAUGAAGGGAAGGAUGAAGAAGUGCAUGAUAAAGAAGAGACUGAGGUGUCUGGGCCUGACGUGGCCACAAGAGAAAUACAAAUAGAUGGGAUUGAAUCAGAGGGAAUAUGUAAGUCUGAAAAGAAGGAAAAGGAGUUCGAGGAUGAGAAGAAAGAUAAGUCUGAUAAGAAGAAGAAAACUGAAGGCAAGAGCAAAUGCAAAGAUCUUGAGACGCUGAAAAAGAAGCUGGAGAAAAUCAAUGCAAAAAUGGAAGGUUUAGAGCUGAAAAGAGCAGAGAUCUUGAGACAGAUAAAAGAAGUUGAAGAUCAGAAGUCUUCUCUUGCUGGGGCUGAUGAUGGGCAGCAUUAGGCGGCAUAUGUGUUAUCUCUUUUAUGGACGUUUUUUACUCUAUUUCCAUGCCAUGUGUUUGUUUGUUUUUUUAUACAUCUAUACAACGCACAAUCUUUUGAUGUACUAGAUUGUACACUUGUAAUUUAAUUGCUUUUCUUAUGUCUUGGGAGUGUUUAAGUGAAUAAAUAUGUCAUUUAUAGUGUUGA